AGAAAAAGUGCUUUUUUUUUGCUUUUGUGUUUUUGUUUUUCUACAUUCAGUUUUCUUGUUUCGUCUCAAGCUUUUAUAAGCUGUGCUUCAAUUUCUCGGCAGAGACGGAGGCAGAGAGAGAGAGAGAAUGCCCUCUCCGAAACGCAAACGCAAAGCUUCGGCUUUCGACGAAGAUAUCUCCGACGGCCCCACAGCCAGCUCUGCUUCCACUGUUAAAAGAAGCUCCAGUUUCUUUGAUAUUUAUGGACCUCAGGGUAAAGCAGAUAUUGUUUUAAAAACACCAGAGUCUGGCUCUACUCUAAAUUUGCAAGAUGUACAAGGUUUAGCAUCAUGGGUGCUUGCUGAAGGGUUCAUGCCGUCAUGGGUUUUUAUCAAGAACAAGCCGCUUAUUCCAAAAGUGGUAAUGCUUUAUUUGCCUGGCCUGGAUGCUGCUUUGUACUUAUCACAGUCUAAACUAAUUCCGAGUCUCAGAGAGUUCUGUGGGAAUCCACGGGCAGUUUUGGCUCUUAGUUGUGUAUCAGAUGGCAUGCAAACAGUUGAUGCACUCCUAACAUGCAAGCUAAAAAGAAAGAGGGAACAAAGUAAUUCUGUUUCAAGGAAUUGUAACCUAACAACCAAACAAGAAAAAUGUGGUUUUGGGACAAAUAAAUUAUCUAUGAAAGAUCUACCUUUCCCCAUUACAUAUUACACUCUAACAGAGAAAGAACUGGAAGACAAUGGAUAUUGUCUAAAUCAGCCAGGUUUUGUAUCUACUCUUCCUGCUCCUUCAGGAUCAUCUCCCUAUGAAAUGUUGGCACUUGAUUGUGAGAUGUGCAUAACAAAUGAGGGUUUUGAGCUCACAAGAAUUACACUGGUCGAUGUCCAAGGACAGGUUGUGCUAGAUAAGUUAGUUAAACCAUCAAACAGUAUUACUGAUUAUAACACCAGGUUUAGUGGAAUCACAAGUGAGAUGUUAAAUGGGGUGACUACAAGUCUUAAAGAUAUUCAGGGAGAUUUUAUAAAGUUAGUUUAUAAAGAGACUAUCCUGGUUGGGCAUUCAGUGGAGAAUGAUUUGUUAGCAUUAAAGAUCUCCCACAAUUUGGUGAUUGACACUGCUGUACUUUACAAGCACCCUCGUGGUGGAUCACAUAAAACUGCUCUACGAAUUCUGGCCAAGAAAUUUCUUUCUAAGGAGAUACAGCAGUCAGAGAAUGGUCAUGACAGCAUUGAAGAUGCCAGAGCUGCAAUGGAAUUGGCACUUUUAAAGAUUAAUCAUGGACCUGAUUUUGGUUCACCGCCAUCAUUGGUUCGGAAAAAGCUUCUUACGGUUUUGAGCGAGAGUGGGAAAACCUCUUCUAUCAUUGAUGAUGUUUCCAUAGUGAAGAGAUAUGCCUCUGAGUCAUCCCAUGUAUUUCCUGUGGCUUCUGAUGAUGAAGCUCUUUCUAAAGCCAGAAAAGAGGUGAAGAACGAAAAGGUGCAUUUCGUUUGGACUCAAUUCUCAGAAUUGAAUUCCUAUUUCAAGAAAGAAGUGCAGGAUGCAGAGAAAUUUAAUGGGAAACUUGCAGAGAUGAUAUCCUUGCUUACAUGUCAUAAUAAGUCUGGCAAUAAGAAGGGCAUCGAAUUCAAUGCAUCAUCUGAAGUAAAGGAAAUUCUUAAACGCAUGGAUGCUAGAAUCCGUAGUCUGUACUCUGCAUUACCCACUAAUACCAUGCUUAUAAUCUGCACAGGUCAUGGAAACACUUCAGUUGUCUACAGAUUAAGGAAAAUGCUCACUGAUCAUAGCGCAACCUCAAUGUGCCGUGACAACAUUGUAAAGGUCCUGGAAGAGCUCCAGGCCCAAGCUGAGGUAGCCUUGUGUUUUCUCGGUGUAAAGCAUUGAGGACAAUGCAAAUAAAUCUGUUAUAAAUUUAAUUUUGAUCGUCUAAAAUUAGCACCGAUCAUGUUUCAAAAUGUUUAGUUUAAGGUUUGAAAUGUUUGUACGUUUAAAUAUGAUUUUCUCCUCUCUUCUUUGCCUUUUCCCCAUCAAUUUAAUGAUAUUCACUUCAAA